AUGGGCUGUACCCCAGCCACCCAGCAUGAACUGAAGCGUGACCAGCACCAGCCACAUCCCAGCCGCAGGUGCGGACGGACAAAUUCCCUCUUUGAGCUUUCUCUUCCAGCCCUCUGCAUUCCGGUAAUAGUAUCCACCGGAGGUUUUCGCAACAACCUUUUCGCCUCCCUACUACUCCGGACAGAUUAUGAUUGUUUCUACGCCUCGGUCUUUGAGGUGGAGCAGCCUGUGCUGAAAUCCCUGCCGUUGGCGGUUCAGCAGAAACAGAUCGUAGUCACCUGUAAUUAUGAGGCCCGCCGGCGCGGGUUGCGCAAGCUCCAGUUGAUCAAAGAGGCCAAACAGAUCUGCCCGGACGUCGUCAUUGUCUUAGGCGAAGAUCUGUCUAGAUUUCGCGAUGCAUCCAAGGAUCUAUUCCACUACAUUAGGUCCUUCGUCUGGGGGGAGAAGGUCGAAAGACUCGGCUUUGAUGAGGUAUGUAUUGCUAGUAUCGACUCUGCUACAGACUUGGGUUCAUUGUCAGAAAUGCCCGUUGAGAUGGUUCUCCACGGGUUCCUGGGCUGCACUGACGAGGACACAUCAGCCUGGCUUUACACUCGAUUGCUGGUGGCCUCGCACCUUGCAGGCUACCUUCGCGGUCAACUGGAGCAGCAGAAAGGGUACACUGCCACAGUGGGGAUCUCUACGUCCAAGCUUCUCGCCAAGCUCGCAGGCAGCACUCACAAACCGAACAACCAGACCACGCUACUUCCCCCGUAUACUACACCGACGCUGGCUGCGCCCAGUAAUGUGCUCGAUUUUCUUGAUGCGCACGAGAUCAGGAAGAUCCCUGGGAUCGGCUCCAAACUGACGCGGAAACUCAGUCACUAUCUCGCUGAUGGAGGCGCUCACUCAGCCCCAGCGGUGACCACCGACGACACCGCUGAUUCUAACAAGGUGACUGUGAGAGAUAUUCGAUUGUUGCCUGGCAUGGGCCCGUCCCUGCUCAGUCGGAUAUUAGGGGGCCCAGGGGCACCCCGAGAUAUCGGGGUGCGAGUCUGGGGACUGCUGCAUGGCGUAGACAAUACCGAGGUCGUCCAGGCAGGAGAUUUGCCCACGCAGAUAAGCAUUGAAGAUUCCUACGGUCGCCUGGACAGCCUUGACAGCGUCCGAAAAGAGCUAGUCUUGCUAACAGGGAGCUUACUUCGUCGGAUGCGGACGGAUCUGACAGAAAAGGACAGGGAGACUGACAGUAUAGCAGCAAACCAAUCUGCAAUGUCGAAAGUCCGAUGGCUUGCGCAUCCGCGAACCCUGCGGCUGUCCACACGGCCCCGGUCUGCCACCGACAGUGCACAAUCUUACCAUGGGGGGAGAAUCUCUCGCUCAGCGCCGCUGCCCGGAUAUGUCUUCCAUCUUGAUGAGAGUGUGGAUGCGCUGGCUGAACGAUUGGUACAAGAUCAGCUACUGUCCAUGUUCCGCAAGCUUCACCCGGAGAGGUCUGGGUGGAACCUGCGAUUGAUGAACGUCGCUGUGACAAACCUGGUAGAUGCAGCUGGAGAACGGAAGCAAAGCAGUGGACGCGAUAUUGGUAAGAUGUUUCAAACCCAAGGGUCACGGCGCAACGAUGCCUUGGCCGUUUCUGAGGCGGGGCACGUAUCUACGGGUAACAGCGGCACGAUGGUCGUCACCCCUCAGGAGCCCUUCCAUCCUGGAGACGCUGCAGCCAUGACUGAGAACGAAGUGGAGGAAGCUGCAUGGGAAGAGAGCGACGGAGAAGAUGGCAUGGCUUGUGUAGCAUGUGGCGUCUGCGGCGCCAUGAUUCCACAUUUCGCCCGAGACGCGCACGAAGCAUUUCAUUUGGUUUCAGACUGA